UAGUCCUCAUUUUCAAAUUGAUUUCCGCCUCCCAGUUUCAAAUGAAACCAGCACAACAAAGGUGCGCAUGCGCAAGGCAGUGACGUGUGGAGAAAAGUGUCAAACGAGAAGGACGUUAAAAAAUAAGGAGGAAAAAAGUGAAAAGGGGCAAAUGGACGGAAGGGUUUCUCAAAUUAACUUGAAAUGGUUGACUUGAGCCGUGGGCGAGCGGCUCGAAGCGCUAAUAGAUGAAGGGACGUGUGCUUGAUUGUCUCUUUUUGGUAGGCGAGCUCCUCCUCCUCCUCCUCCUCCUUCUGCGUAAAAUUGACCAAAUCUCGAGUGGAGCUGACCGCGGAAGCUAAUCGGGCUAGCAUGGAAGCAGGAGCCGGCGGCCGGCGCUGUUAGCUUCGCUUUGCUCACUUUCGAGUCUCCUUUCACCGUUCAGUAUUUCGUCGCGACCGAUACUGGAGGUGAAAAUGUCUCGGAGGCGGCUGGACAGCCGUAGCGGGUUAGCCGCCGCCGGCGGCGGACUCCUGACCGAAAGUCACACACCGAUCAGCGCGGAGCCUCUGGACGCCGUUUUCGAAGUCACCGGCGAGCUGGGAAGGGGCAAGUUUGCGGUGGUGAAGCGCUGCGUGGAGAAAGCCACGGGCAAGGUGUUCGCCGCCAAGUUCCUUCGCAAAAGGAGGCGAGGUCGCGACUGCCGGGCCGAGGUGGUCCACGAGAUGGCCGUCCUGGAGACUGCUCGCAACAACCCCAGAGUGGUCAACCUGCACGCCGCUUACGAGACGGACCACGACAUCGUCCUCGUGCUGGAAUACGCGGCAGGCGGCGAGAUAUUCGACCACUGCGCGUCUGACGAGCUGCUGCCCGAGGCCCAGAUUACCCGUCUGAUCCGGCAAACGCUGGAGGGAGUUCACCACCUCCACCAGAGCAACCUGGUGCACCUGGACCUCAAGCCCCAGAAUAUCCUCCUGACCAGCCUCUCCCCUCCCGGGGACAUCAAAAUUGUGGACUUUGGUCUGGCACGCAGAUUGGGCGCGGUUGGGGAGCUCCGAGAGAUUCUUGGCACACCUGAGUAUGUGGCACCGGAAAUCCUCAAUUAUGAGCCCAUCACAACGUCCACGGAUCUUUGGAGCGUGGGCGUCAUCGCCUACAUGCUGGUGACGGGCGAGUCUCCGUUUGCCGGCGACGACAAGCAGGAGACGUACCUGAACGUUUCCCAGGUCAACGUGGACUACAGCCGGGAGGCCUUCUCCAGGGUUUCCGAGCUGGCCGUGGACUUCAUCCGCAAGCUGCUGGUCAAAGCGCCCGAGGACCGUCCCAGCGCCGCCGAGUGCAUCGGCCACCCUUGGCUGUGGCAGCAGCAGCAGCAGUCGUACGCCAGCCCGGGGCCGGCGUCCGGCCGCGGCGCCCGCGAGCGGAGCUGCGGCGCCAAGUGGGCGGCGCCUCCGCCCGAAGACAAGGAGAACUUCCUGGAGUCGCCGCCGCCGCCGCCGCAUUCCCACGCCAAACGCUUGCGCUUGGACGAGGAGGCGCUUCUCGUCGACGGUGACUAGUCAACUCCAAAAGGAAAUGGCUUUUAAAUUGGUUUUAAGACCAACGGGCGACUCAUUUACGCCCCGCUGAAUUUGUUUAUUGUGAGAUUAACACAAGCCAAAGAUAAUCAUUUGACUGACGCCGUGAUCCGCUUUGGCGAUCCCGUUUGUCUUGAACUGGAAUUCUCGUGCCAGAUGAGGGCUUGUGGUCCCUUUGUUUGUUUAUUUGUGGAGAUCAAUGCGGUGCAAAAAAUGGCCUCCGUGCUUCCGCCUUGCUCAAUGGCAGUUUUGCCUAAGCCAGUACACACAUACCGCGGGUUAACAGCCCAACCCCGUUGUUUAUUUAUUUAUUUAUUCGUUAUUCGUAACGGCCCACACCAGUGUGGGACAAUAUUUGUCAUCGUCCCGAGACUGGGCUACGCAAGGCGCCGCGGUGUCAAGUGUGUUGAGCGCACUGCCGCAAAGAAUCCCAGUCAGAAACAGGGGGGGCCUGCAUAACAGUUACGAUUGUCAACUGUUUUCCGAUCAGAUCGGGGAGGUCAAAAUCACUCAACCGUUAGCUUGUGCCGUGUCACGUCCGUCGAUCGCGGAGGACGGACCGUGUUCACGUUUUUCCGGUGUCGUCCCCGCACCCAAAGAUGUUGAAAGUAGCUCGAUCCCAAACACUGAUUUGCCGUCGUGACCGUUGAGUUUGAUUGUGGCCCAUUCAGAUAGCAGAUAGAGGAGGACCAAUAAGUCCUGACGCGCGCCGGAUGGCGGGCCGAUCCUUCAUGGACAUCUGACGCCCAUUGGACCUCCGCCUUUCAUUGACGUCGUCCUCGUUUUCCCAGCAGAUUGGGGAGAGAAAAUGACUCUUAACGUAAGUAACAGGAUCGUCGGUCACAGCUAAUUUGAUUCAGAGACGGCUUUGUGUCUCCAUAAAAGUAUUUUUGACUCUAAUUAAAAAAAUAAUAAUAAUAAUUUCCUGAGCAGGUCAGGUUUUGGAGAGAUUUUCAUUUGUUGUAAAUGUGAGCCCAAAAAGCUUGUGCGAUGCAGGUUUUAGCGUGCGUAGAAAUUUAUAGCUGACGUUU